AAGAAUUUAAUUAAAUAUGUAAAAACGCGAUAAACAUGAUUAAAGGUCAAACAUUUUCGGUAAAGAAUUAAUGCCCUUUGCUUAUACACUCACACAAAAAACCAUAAAUAUACAAGAAACUCACGAAGCCAUAUAUUCCUUUUAAUCACGAAGAGAAGGAGAACCGAUAAAAAAGUUAUUAAAAUGGAGAACAAGAAUGUGUUUGUGCUGUGUAUGAUCUUAUUAUUGGUGAGCUCAUCGUUGAUGUUUGAGAGAGGUCAUUGCAGAGCUCUACGAUCCAAACCGUUCAGAGAUACCAACGACCAUGAUCAAUCGUCGGCGACUAUGAAGGUGAAGAACAGCUCGACAAGUUUUGCUUUCCCGUUAGCGUCUGGUUCGAGCAGGAGAGGACGUGGUCACUGAUCAACAAUCACUACUACUAUUUUGAUCUCGCCUAAGUGUUUUUUUUUUUUAUAUAUAUACAAUUAGUUUUGUUAGAUUAUAUAGCUUUUUAAAGGUGUAAAUCUAAAGUUUUGUUUCAGCCAAAAAGUAAAAGGAAAGAAUUAUUCAUUCAAGAAGAUGUGACACGUCAUAUGAAGUUUUAAUGCCUUUAUCCAUCCAUUGCAUGUAAAUGUUUGAUUGGAAUCUAUACUAAUAAAA